UUUUUUUUUCUUUUCUUUUUUUUCUUUUUUCUUUUUUAAUAAUAAAAAUGAAGUUUGGAAAACAGUUGGAGAGUGAGGCAGAAGAUAUUCCUUCUGAAUGGAGACCUUACCUUAUUCAAUAUAAGGCUCUAAAAAAACUUGUUACAAAAGUAGCAGAAGAAAUUGAAAGUAGAGGUCUUUCAGCUUCAUUACUUCAUGAAUGUCUAGAAGAUUCAUCUGAAAAUGAACAUUCACAACAUCCCCGAGAAGAAAUACCUAGAAUAAGAUAUUAUUUUAGAGGUGAGCCACCUAAUGUAAAACCUAAUAUAGAAUUCACUUAUGAUACAAAAAAUCCUCAAGUGCAAAAAAUGGUUUCAUGUUUAUUAUCGACAAAUAAGAAUGAUAUGUUAGAGAAACCAAAACUAGAAUUUAAAAGAAGUCAAAAUAAUAAAGACUUUUUUGGUUUAAUUUUGAACAAAGAACAAGAGGCAGUUGAAGCUUCAGACGUUAAAAGACAAAGAAGAGAUUCGACAGUAGUAUUAGUGAAGGAGUUAUUAAGUCUAACUCUAGAAAAGAAACAGCAUCCAGAACAAGAAGACGAAGAUGAGGAGAGGAAUUUAAAGACGUUGGUAAUAGAAUUAGAACAAGAUGAUGAAUUCUUUAAAAUGUUGAUGGAAGAAAUACAACAAGCGGCUCAAUUAAAUGAUAUUAAUUCAAAGAAAAUUACAAACACUAUAUCUGAUCUAGAGACAAGAAUAGUGAAAGUAGCGUCACCAUCUCACAAGUCAGAAAUGUAUACUUGGCGUAAAAUAUUUUCAAUCUAUAUGGAUGCUCAUAUAUUUCAAGGAAGCAAUACAACAUCUAUCGAGAAAGCUAAGAAACAAAUGACUUGGUUUGUGGAACAAUUACACAAUAAAGAUAUUCUCAAGAAAAUAAAGUCUAGAGAAUCCAAAAUUGCUUUUGAGCGAUUUGUAAAUUUGAAUAACGAAUUGGUGACCAUGAAGCAUUAUCAAUUAUUAAAUCAGACAGCGAUGCGUAAGAUUCUAAAAAAACAUGAUAAACGAAGCGGCCUAACUGCUUCUCAAUCUUUCCCGGGUUUUAUUUCUACGGAAUGGUUAAUUAAUCCGAAAUUAAUCAACAUGUUGUAUAGUGUAAUCACAACAAAAUUAAUAACUAUUAUACCACAACCAGAAGACUAUGCUUGUCCUAUUUGUAUGAAUGUCGCUUGGAGACCUAUUCGAUUAGCUUGUAGUCAUCUAUUUUGUGUUCGAUGUUUAAUUAAAGCUCAAAAAAAGAAGAUGGACAGUUGUCCACUAUGUCGUCAUCCUACAGCGGUUCGAAUCGCUACUGCACUUAAUUUAGAUGAAGGUUUACAAAAUUUCCUAAAAUUAUACUUUCCCCAGGAAAUCAAACAAAAAAAGUUAGAAAAUGAUCGUGAACAAGCUAUUGAAGAUGUACAAGCAAUGACAGGGAAGAGAUAUACAGAAGAACAAUUAUUAAGAAUGAAUCAGCAAAUGUCAGAUAACAAAUGCUUUAUUAUGUAAAACACUUUAUAGAAUGUAUACACACACAUAUGCCAUUAUUACCUGUACAUAAACAUAUACAAAUGCAUAUACAUACACAUAUACAUACACAUACACAUAUACACAUACAUAUACAUAUUUAUAUAUUAUUAUUAAUGUUGAAAGUAAAAAACAAACUAUUUACAAGAAUAAAUAAAAAGGAC